GCCUUAUGUGUCUUUUUCCUUUCUGUCUUUUAGGUGGAAGUCUCUAUUAUAUGCGAAGGUGUCUCCAACUCCCCUCUCUGAGGAAAAGGUGUCAAAGGUUGCUAUACCAUCAACCACAAGCAGAACCUUCUGAAGGACUCUGGGACAUCCAAUCCCUGACCUCCACACUGUAACAGUCCACAGAUCUCUGAGUAUAGAAAACCACCACGCCAUUGGACGAGGGCAGCCACACUUAAGGGGCCAGAUGGCACUGCUAGCCAAUCAGCUGGUGGAUUCAGCCAGGGUUCUAAAUGGCAUCAAUGGGAGGGUGGAUCACCUUGCACAGUUCCUGAGGGUACAGAACCAGGGUCACAUGACCCAUGUCAACGUCACCCAGGAAGACACGCACAAGAAUAGGAAGUACCCGUGCCCACUGUGUGGCAAACGCUUCCGCUUCAACAGCAUCUUGUCGCUGCACAUGCGCACGCACACAGGCGAGAAGCCCUUUAAGUGCCCUUACUGUGACCACAGGGCAGCGCAGAAGGGCAACCUCAAGAUCCACUUACGCACUCACAAGCAGGGCAACCUUGGGAAAGGUCGUGGCCGGAUCAGAGAGGAGAACAGGCUGCUCCACGAGCUGGAGGAGAGGGCCAUCCUGAGGGAUAGGCACAUCAGGGGUGGUAUAGGUCGUCUGACCCAGCCACCAUCACCCCACAUCCCCCAUCCCCAGCUCCAGCAGCCCCAGCCUGCUUCUACCACCACCCAGCUCCCCUUGACUUGCACAGGCCCUGGCCCUGUGGAGACUCUUUCACUGCCAUCUGUCUCCCCCAAGAUGACCACCACAGACCAGGAGGAUCACACACAGGCUCAGCCUUCCGCAGGGUUCCGCUGCUCCUUCUGCAAAGGAAAGUUCAGGAAGCAGCAGGAGCUGGAGCGCCACAUCCGUAUCCUCCACAAGCCAUACAAGUGCACCCUGUGUGAGUACGCGGCCUCCCAGGAGGAGGAGCUCAUCAGUCACGUGGAGACGGCCCACAUCACCUCCGUGUCAGCCCAAAGUCAGAGUUCCGCGGUGGGCAGUGGUCGGGGCUUGAAGCCCCCUGGUGGGGAGUUCCCCUGCAAGGUGUGUGGUCAGACCUUCAGCCAGGCCUGGUUCCUCAAGGGACACAUGCGGAAGCACAAGGACUCAUUCGAGCACUGCUGCCAGAUCUGUAGCCGGCGCUUCAAAGAACCCUGGUUCCUCAAGAACCACAUGAAGGUCCACCUCAACAAGCUGUCUGCUAAGACCAAGCAGCUUCCUGCUGACCCUCAGGUAUCUGUUAGCAUGGCUAGAGUAUCCCAGGAUGCCCACUACACAAACCUCUACUCCCAGUACAUCUCAAGCCUCCACAGCAGGUUCCUCUCUGCAGAGAAAGCGGGCCAGUCGGAGUUCCAGCAGAUCCUUGCCACAGCAGGCAUCGGGAUGAAGGUGAAGGAGAUGCUGGGUAACAUGCUGGCACCAGGACACAAUUCACCGACGGAGGGUGAUAAUAAUCACUCUCUGUUGGGUUUGAAUCAUCUGGUGCCUCCCCUGAGUUCGAGCAAUGUGGAGUAUCAACCACAAGCUCCUGCCAAUGAGAGAAACGACCUCAAGAGCUACCCAGGCUGGCAGGUCAUGGCACCAGGACUGGCUGUAGAUCAGGUGGACCUAUACACAGCUAAAGAACAGCAGCGGGCCUACCAGGCUGGGUGGAGGGUGUCAGAUGAGCGACGAGCACCUGUGUGCAACCCAGACACCCAGGCUAUUAGUAGAAGUAGUAGCCCAGGACUGAGCCAUAUCUUGGAGGAGAGCUCUAUAGGACCAGGCCUCUCUCAGGCUGGCAGUACCCAGGAUAACAGCAGCCUACCCUCCUCAGUCUCAGGUAAGGAGAAGUCCUACAGCUGUCCCUCCAGUGACUACAUCAGUGCCCAGUCAGCCUCUCUCAGUUACCAUCUAGAGGGCUACCACCCCAACCAACACCCCCAGUGGAACCAGGACACCAUGGACAACAGAGCCCCCUCGUCCCCACAGACCCCAAGCCCCAAGGACUGGAACCCUACUUCUGGCCUCUACAGUGGGAUGGAAGGCACAGAUGAGAACCGGAGAAACCCAGGUACACUGCAAAUGGACAGGCCUCCCAACCUGCCCAACCCUUCCAACCUGAACCUACACCGGGCCUAUGGAGGACCUCCAGCUAUGGAGGAGAACAGUGUGAACCCACAGGGUCUUCAUCAAUCCAUACAGACCUUCAUCAAUGGCCUGACAUCCAGCAUUCUGAGAGGUGGUAGAAAGAGGAGAGCAAGGGGAGGGAGGGUCAGCCCUCCCGAGGGAGGACAGGGGAGCUCUGAGGGGGAGUAUGGUGUUAGAGUCAGGGGGAGUGACUGGGACAGUGAGGGGGAGGCAGGUGCUGGUGGCUCUGCAGUCACACCCAGGACCAGGAAGUCCCAGUAUGAGCCUCUGGAUUUAUCGCUCAGGCCAGACUGGGUGCUGUCAUCACAGCCUGGUUCAGGGGGAUUGACUGGGUUAUUCCAGCAGCACAGCUCCCUCUCCUCCAAUAGCAAUGGGCUGCAGGCUGGACAACACACAGCCAGGUCUGACACUGGUAGUGACCUGGAGUUGUCUAUAGAUCAGGAGGACGCACACACCUAUGACUCAUCAGCUCAUAAUGAGGAGUGUACACUGGAGAGACCUGUGUUUAACAAAGAGGAGGAAGAAGAGGACCUCAACAAGUGGAGGAUGAUGAAGAGUAGCAGCAAUGAAGCAGGGCUGAGUGAGGAGAUGACAGAGAUGAUGGUUGGUGUUCCCCAGGGGCCCAGUGAGGGCCCUCAGUGUACCCAAGGGAAGCAGGGCCAGUGGGGCAGGUCGGUCAUCCAGCCUCUCCUCUCUCCUCUGGAGCUGUUGAAGCCAAGGCAGACUCCUCACCACUACCUCCAUCCCCACAGGAACCUCUCAGUCCUCUGGUCCUUCAGUGGCCAGAAUCACACGUUCCUCAAUGACAAUGAAGAGGGCUUGAAUGGUGGAGGGGGAGGGCCAAUGGAGAGAGCAGAUACUUCAAGUGAGUGUCCCUCUCUCUGCCCAAUGAAUGAUGUCAACUGUACCUCUGCUUCCUAACUCUUUUCAACAUUACAUGAGAGUACAUUGCCAUCUAGUGGACAAGUAGUGAUCCUGCCCCCUUAUAUGUUUGGAUAUUUAGUACACUCUCUUUCACAAAAAAAAUAGGCUUACCUCAGCAGACAAUUUAUCAGAGGAAAUUGACAAACUCUAGUUAGUAUGAACACUUGUGAUUGUGAAACUCAGAAAAACUAAAACAAGGGUACUGGAGUCACAGGUGUAUGGCAUUGAUUACAUCCGCACUUAGAGGACGAUGCAAUUUCACUAUCUGAUAGGUAACAAAUGACCCUGGCAAUGGAGAAGCUUAAAUCUUGUGCGAUACGCCUGCCCGAAAGCAAGAUUUAAUGACCUGUUCUUUCAGACACUUGGGAUCCUUUGAUAUGAUAUACAUGUAUUAUGAGUGCAACUUGAUACCCCGUCAUUCUGAUCCAUCUGAUGCAGAAACACUGUAUGAAACACACAAUAUUCUCUUAUGAAAGUAUGUGUCAACUCUGUUUGGGCACAACAUGUGUUUUGCUCAUUGAUGGUUCCUGUUGGUAAAAGUAUAGGCUACAGUAUGUCAGACUAAUGGUUUUCUUAGAUAUACUAGAUGUAUAUUACAACUUCCUGAAGUGACGUAUAUUUCUGCACUCAUCUCACCUCUUCAGGUCAUGCAUAUUGAGGGUUUACAAUUUUAUUUACUUAUCUUUGGUCACUUGUACAAUUUUUUACAAUAAGUUACAAGUUACAUCGCUAGUAUAGUUUGGUAUUGAAAUUAUGAAAGAGGAUAACUAAGUAAACCCACUGUAAAUGCCUUACCCCCCCCCCCCCCCCCCUCAGUACUGCACUCUAAAGUACGGUCUAUCAUUAGCUAAGAUGGAAAGCCAUCAGUCAAAGUUGCCAUAAUUGACAUUGAGCCUAGCGAGUGCCCUCUAACUACAAACAACAAGCAGGUGGUCAGUCAGACAUUAUUCUCAUCACAACAACUGCUUCUGCCUGCUCUGUUUUGAAUAUUGGCCAGGUGGCAUUGUCAAGGACCUGCCUCCUGUCCCUAUGUCCCCAUACUGUACGUCUAGGUCUAGUCACUCAGUGACAUAUUGCUGGGCACCGUGGACAUGGAGUGAUGUGUGUGCAAUGACAGUUCAGGUCGGACACAGUGUGCCAUCGGUGGUAAUUGGCCAGAUGGUGACCCCUGGAUGAACCCGUCUGUAUGCUCAUUUGUUUUAUAUCGAGCCCUCCCUCAUGGUUAAUGUCCUGCAACUGCAUCUCCCAAUCACAGCCGCUAGAUGGCGAUACAAUCCAAUUAUUUUUCAGGAAAAAAACGUGAGACCUGGAGAAUAUGAGUAGAUCAAUACAGAAAAGAUUAUCUAAGGAUGAAAGAAAGAAAAAUAAAAUACCUGACUUGAAAGGGAGAAGACUCAUUAGCUCAAUGUCUGAGUGCAUACCCUAUACUGAAAGGAUGAGAGACAGAGAGAGUAUAGAUGGAGAUAGAUGGAGCGACAGAGAGGUGAAAGAAGAAGGCAAGUGUGGCUGUCUCUGAGCAGAUGUCGUUUGAGGGCAGAGAGAGGGCAGGCCGAGCAGGCUGCCAUUGUGCCUGGGUCUCCCCAUAGAGAUAAUGAAGGGUGGAGUGCUGGGAAGGAUGUGCAGUCAUCACUCACUGUCUCUGUGCCAUCAGAGCUCAGUGCUGUGUCAUCCGUCACCAUUCAGCUCCUCUGGCCCCCACAGUCCCGCCACUGUCAUCAUGGUCAUUAUCUCUGCCUGAAACACACAAGCACACACACACACACACAUUCAUUUGUGCGCGCAGAUUAACACACACACAUUCAUUUGUGCUCGCAGAUUAACACACACACACACACACCCUGUGUGUGACAUACCUAAACACCGAGAUUGCACACUCACGCACACACACACUCUCCCUCCCCUUCCCACAUCCUUUCUUGUUUCCUGGUAAAUGUGUGUGUGAGCUGGUCUGGUUUGAGGCUGGUGUUUAGCCUAUGAAUGGGUGAUCAUGUGUUGGGGAGAUGGAUGGCUCUGGGCCCAGUCCUGUCUCCUCUAAUUGUAAAAUAUUAGUUAGAUUAGACUGUGGCCUGUGAGUAAUGGAACUUAUUUGGAGGUUUCCCUCUCCUGGACCUCACCUCUCGUCCAUUGGGAGGGAGAUAUCAGGAAAAAAGAAUGUACAAGACAGGAAGAGGAGAGAGAAAGAGGGGAGAGAUAGGGAGAGAGAGGGA